AGGCGCGCAAGUACGCGAUACCCAGCGGGAGUUCCGGAGCGGCCAUGGCUGGUGGUUGCUGAUGCUCUGGGCCACGCGAAGCCAGAUGACCUCGCGGUCCGACCACAUCCUCCGCCCGCGGACUCUUGGUGCUUGGCAAACGGCGCGGCGGGUCGUGCCCGGGCGUCCGGGCCAUGGGGUUGACCCGCGUGAGAGCCGUGUUCUUCGAUUUGGACAACACACUCAUCGACACGGCUGGGGCGAGCCGCAGGGGCAUGACAGAGGUAAUAAAGCUGUUGCAAUCAAAAUACCAUUAUAAAGAAGAAGCUGAAAUCAUCUGUGAUAAAGUUCAAGUUAAACUCAGCAAAGAAAGCUUUCAUCCUUACAAUAUGUGCAUUACAGACCUAAGGACUUCCCACUGGGAAGAAGCAAUCCAGGAAACAAAAGGUGGCAAGGACAACAGGAGAUUGGCUGAGGAAUGUUAUUUCUUGUGGAAAUCUACACGUCUACAGCACAUGACCCUAGCAGAAGAUGUUAAAGCCAUGCUCACAGAACUUCGCAAGGAGGUCCGCCUACUUUUGUUAACAAAUGGUGACAGACAGACACAGCGCGAAAAGAUUGAGGCUUGCGCCUGUCAGUCCUACUUUGACGCUAUUGUUGUGGGUGGAGAGCAGAAAGAGGAGAAACCAGCACCUUCCAUAUUUUAUCAUUGUUGUGAUCUUCUUGGAGUACAGCCUGGGGACUGCGUGAUGGUUGGUGACACAUUAGAAACUGAUAUACAAGGAGGUCUCAAUGCGGGGCUCAAAGCUACUGUCUGGAUAAACAAGAGUGGAAUCAUGCCACUAACAUCUCCCAUUCCACAUUAUAUAGUUUCUUCCGUGCUAGAGAUACCUGCUCUCUUACAGAGUAUCGAUUGUAAAGUCAGUUUGUCUGUUUAAAACACAUCAAAAAGCACAAUUUCAAAUUUACUCAAAUUAGAGUAUUUCCAGGGUUGAAACUAAGAAGACUUAAGCCAUUUCAUCUAUUUUGGUCCAGGUUCUAGAAAUAACUUGAUUUAGGAUUUAAUAGCCAGUUUGUGAGGGUCUUUGCAAUCCAAUUGCUCUUUACAAGGGACCAUUGACUUAUAUUUAUAUCUGAAAAUCCAGAUUAUGUUAACACAGAUUAUUUCUAGUGCCAUAGUUCAAAAAUUUGAGGAAAUACAUCUUUUUUUUUUUUGUCUGUAACAAGAUUUUUAAAAAUUGUAUUUUUAAUCUUUCAGUAUUUUAGCUUCAUGGUACAGAGCAGAAUAGCUUACACCUGGAUAUGCAAGUACAGGUUGUAUGGCUUAAAAACAUAUUUUUAAAAAAUAGAUAUUCUAAAACAUUUAUAGUAGAGAUUUAUCAGAGCAGUUGGAUCUGGUUAAUAUGAAAUAAAUAUUAAGUGAUGGCAAAUCCAUGCAUUUCAUAGUAAAAUUAUUUGGCAUUUUUUAAACAUAAACCAUAUUUUUGCCUGC